UCAGAUGAUGACCUCACUGAUCACGGGGACUCGGCUGCUCUUAGCGGGCUCCUCUGCCGCCUCUCAGCCCGCGAUCAGCACCGCGCCGGGCCGUGGAGGGAGCCCCGAGCUGCCGGCAGCACCGACGGUUUCCUCCCGGAGCAUCCGCUGUGCUCCGCGGGCCCCCGGCCGCAUCUCUGCCGGGGCCAGCCGGCGGUCCCCGGGCCUCCCACCGCUUCAGCAUCUGGACCCGGAGAGGGUGGCGGGUGGCGGGGAGGGCUCGGACCACGCAAUCAGGUGUUGUUGGAUGAACGGCAGCAGCAGCGUCUCCACGGCUCAGAGCACCAGGGUCAAGACUGAACCAGAUGACUGGAGUAAGGAGGACUGUCUGACUCUGCUGGAGAGGAUUCGCACCCUGUUGCCUGACGGAGACGCCAUGAAGUACAAAACCACCGAGUCGCACUUCGAUUGGGAGAAAGUUUGUUUUGGCGGCUUCACCGGCGAGAUGUGUCGCCUGAAGUGGCAGAAAGUCUCGUCUGAGGUCAGGAAGUACCGAACCAUGACGGAGCUCAUCGUGGACGCCAUCGAGUUCGUGAAGAACCCGUAUAAAGGCAAGAAACUGAAGACUCACCCAGAUUUCCCGAAGAAGCCUCUGACGCCAUACUUUCGCUUCUUCAUGGAGAAACGAGCCAAAUACGCCAAAAUCCACCCAGAGAUGAGCAACCUGGACCUCACCAAGAUCCUGUCCAAGAAGUACAAGGAGCUGCCCGACAAGAAGAAGCAAAAGUACAUCACAGAGUUCCAGCGUGAGAAAGAAGACUUCGAGAAGAACAUGGCUCGAUUCAAGGAGGAGCACCCCGAGCUGAUCGAGGAGAGGAAGAAGUCGGACCUGCCGGAGAAACCCAAAACCCCCCAACAGCUGUGGUACAACCACGAGAAGAAGACCUACAUGAAGCUGCACCCUGAGGUGAGUCAAAAGGAGCUGAAGGAGGCUCUGAGGAGACAGUGGUCCCAGCUGUCCGACAAGAGGAGACUGAAGUGGAUCAGCAAGGCGCUGGAGCUCCAGAAAGAUUACGAGGACAGCAUGAGGGUGUACCUGGAAGCUCAUCCAGACGUGAACUCGGACGAUCACGUGCGCUCCGUCCUCACCAAAGCCGAGAGACAGCUGAAAGACAAGUUCGACGGCCGGCCGACCAAACCUCCCCCAAGAGCAUCGUGGGGUCAGAUGUUGGAGUCCUGUGCAGGAGGUCAGGACUCCGUGCUGGUGGUCAGGACUCCGUGCUGGAGGUCAGGACUCCAUGCAGGACGUCAGGACUCCGUGCAGGAGCUCAUGGUGAACAUGAAGGACGUGCCGAGCACGGAGCGCAUGGUGCUGUGCAGCAAACAGUGGAAGAUGAUGACGCAGAAGGAGAAGGACAUGUUCCAGAAACGCUGCGAGCAGAAAAAGAAGCAGUAUGACAUCGACCUGCAGCGCUUCCUGGAGAGUCUUCCAGAGGAGGAGCGUGACAGAGUCAUGACUGAGGAGAAAAUGGGUGGGGCCAAAUUGGGUGCAGGCGUGGCCUCGAGCCCCCACAGAGCCAAGUCUCCAUCAGUCAAGGAGCGGUGUCGGGAGGCGGAGUCUGAGCCGUGGGUCCCUGCUGGAACGCCAAAAGAAAGACGGGACGGGAAAAAGACGGCAGCAGCAAAGCUUCCAGAGACGCCAAAGACGGCGGCGGAGAUGUGGCAGCAUAGCGUGAUUGGCGACUACCUGGCUAAAUACAGAAGUGACCGCAGGAAGGCCCAGGCAGCGAUGGACAUGGCGUGGAACUCGAUGGAGAAGAAGGAGAAGAUUCUGUGGAUCAAGAAGGCGGCAGAAGACCAGAAACGUUACGAGAGGGAGCUGUUGGAGAUGAGGACUCCAGCCGGGGGUCAGCGGAAGCCCAAGUUUGACGGCGAGCCGAAGAAGCCUCCAGUGAGCGGCUACCAGAUGUUCUCCCAGGAGCUGCUGACCAACGGCGAGCUGAACCACUUCAGCCUGAAGGAGCGGAUGGUGGAGAUCGGGAAACGCUGGCAGAAGCUGAGCCAGAGCCAGAAGGACAAGUACAAGAAGCUGGUAGAGGAGCAGCAGGUGGAGUACAAGGCGGAGCUGGAGGCCUGGGUCAAGUCUCUGUCUCCUCAGGACCGCGCCGUCUACAAGGAGAUCUCGUCUUCGAAACGUCGCAGCACCGCCAAAGUUCGCAGCAGCCCCGUAGCUAAAGUCCGCGUGACUGCGAAGGGGAAGGCGGGAAGCUCAAGAGCUGCGACACCCGGAGUGGCGGUGAGCAAGAGGGCGAUGGCGUACCGAGCCAAGCAGGACAUGUCUGACUCGGAUGAAGAGGAGGAGAAGAGCGAGUCAUCGGACUCCGACGAAGACGACGAGACGUCAGGAAGCACAGACAGCGACGACGAUGAGAACGACGAUGAGGAAGACGAGGACGAUGAAGACCAGAGCUCCUCUGAGGAAUCCAGUGACUCCGACACAGACUAGCUCCACCCCUUCCUCCUCAUUGGAGAGGACAGGCUGUGCAGGCCACACCUCCUCACAGACCAAUCAUCCUGGCAGACCAAUGAGAGGACGUUACGCGGCACCGGCCCCUCCCGCCUUCCUCUGAAGAGGGCGGAGCCUUUUGUUACUCGUGUUUGUUUUUUAUCGAGUGUGUGUUGGUUUUUAGCAGAUGGGCGGAGCAAAGCUCAGGUGGGCUCAAGUGUCCUUUUCACAAAAUGGUGAAGGCAGGGCAGGGGGCGGGGUUUGUACAGUUGGCAGGUGGGGGCGCAAUGAGCAGCAGUUCAGGUUCAGCCGCCCACCUCAAAUUAUUAAUAAAUGCACUUUUUUCUCA